GCACAAGUAUCCAUAUGCUUGGCUUUUUGUGACAUUUGCAAAAUUGUAGAAAAGGAAAAUAGUGCAGCACCAAUCUUUAGUUAACAAAUUUAGCUGGUUGAGUGAGAAUCAGACUUAUUUAAUUUCUUCUUCCAAGACCUUUACAUAAAUUACAAAAGGGUCAGAAAUGUACACAAGAUUAGUACAGAGUACUGUAGAAUCCACUACAAUUUAUAUAAAUUACUAUUCCUUGUCCCAAUGUGAAUGCAGUCGAGUAUUUACAUGGAUGGUCCAGUUAGGAUUUUUGUCAAUAUAAUUUUCUCAUUAUUUUCUUAUAACUUUAAUGAAGGCUAUUUAGGCCAUUGAGUCUUUGGUGGCACUCAGGGCAUUUCCAUCGGCCCCCUUUCCCCACAUAUUUCCCUGUAACCUAUUUUCUCUCGUGUUUAGCAACUUGCUCUAAUUCUCCUGACAUCCAUCUCUACCACGUAAUUUAUAUUAGCCAAUUAACCUACCAUGUCUUUAGGAUGUGGAAGGAAUACAGAGCACCAUAGAAAAUCGACAGUAAUGGAGAAAAUGUGUAAACAUCAGAGGGAGUGCAUCUGAGCUCAGGAUCAAAACCAGGUUUCUAGAGAUACGAGGCAACAAUGCAUACUGCAUCGGGUGAUGGUAAUGUUAGUAAAUGACAGGAUAACAUGAUUAGAAUUAUCAUUGUUGGAGAGAGGAUUUAUCUGAAAAAAGAUUAAAGUAAUCCAGAUCUUGCUGCAAUUGGAUACAGUCCCCUCCAUGAAUGAUUUGCAUUUGGCACUAAUGAAGGCAAGAAUUAUGUCAAAGAGUGUAAUAUCCUACUAUCCUGUGUGUUAUUAAAUGCUCCCCCAAAUGCAAGGGUACACAUUACAGUGUAUAAAACAAUGCUGUGAGUCGUUGACUUUUCCAAGACACUCGUAUCUUCCAAAAUACUGCAUUGGUGAAAGUUAGAUCUCGGCUUUAAAUCUGCAGGUUCUCACAAAAUAACCAAAUCAUUUUAACCACUCCAUUAAUGUACAUUUCCUAACAAACUUGUAACCAUUGUUACAUUUAUAGUUACAAAGAUUGAACCCAAGAAACAAUAUACAGAAGGAAGCAACUUGUCAUCGCAAAAUAACUAUUCAGACUUUCUGAGCUCGUCAGAUAAAGACAAGUAUUCAGAUAUGAAAAUACACAAUUACAAGGCAAGUGAAUGUCAGGAUUUGAACAUACUUAUUGUAUUAAUUGAUGACAAAUGUAUAUUUUGCAUCGAUUCAUGUGUACAUAAUUUUUCUUAAAGAUGUACAAACCCCAGGAGAGUCUACAAAUGCUGAAUCUUUCUCAACAAUGUUGUGAUCGUGUUGGCCUUAAGCUGAUACAAUCAAAUGAAGACCUUGUUGCUGAAUCAAAGGAUGAACUUACAGGAAAAUUGAAAUUUUCUCUAUCAUACGAUAAAAAACAAUCAAAGCUACAACUGACAGUUUUGCAAGCAUCAAAUCUUCCUGCUCGACAUGCCAAACAGAGUGUCGACUCUUUCCUUCGGAUAAAGCUAUUUAUUAGUUUACCUCGAUACCAAUGUAUUCUUCACCAAUGGAACACAAAGAUUGUGAAGAACACCAGAAAUCCCUGUUUUGGAGAACGCUUUACCUGUUCUGUGGAGAGCAAUAUCCGCAAGAAGGCUAAUUUAAAACUUGAGGUCUUGGAUUUUGACAAAUAUUCACGAUUUGAUGCUUUUGGGGAAGUACGGGUAUCAUUCAGCAACUUAAAUUUAUCAAAUGCAACUGAAUUCUGUGAGGACUUACAGAAGAUCCAAAAGGAUGUCAUUGGAGAAAUAUUUGUAUCUCUUAAAUACCUUCCAACAGCCCAGAAAUUGGAAGUUACACCACUGAAGGUGAAAGUUGGUUGCCUGAGCAACAGUCCAGAUACAGAUAUUUACAUAAGAGUAGAUUUCUACAUCAAUCAACACAAGAUGAGGCACCAGAAAACACCAGCAAAUCCAAAGUCUGAAAUAACACUGUUCAAUCAGGUCAUAUUUUUCACUGUAUCAGAGUAUGCUAUAAAUCAGUCCACGAUUAUAACUUCUGUGUAUGAAGUUUCACUCGCCAAAGUCAGCACAAGGCAGCUUUUAGGUCGUGCGUACAUAGGGAGGGAAACAUCCAAAGAGGGUGAUCACUGGCUGUCCAUGCUGCAGUCCUUGCGACAACCUGUGUCAGAAUGGCAUCCACUGUUAAUCUAA